AUGACCUUGCAAAGAAUCGAGGAGGGUGCUGUAGCGAGCGCUCCAGCGCUAGGUGAAGCCGAGCACUUCGACGUUCCCCCAUCUCACCACUGGGAAUCACAAAACUCAUGGACAGAUGUGACGGAGUUCUUUCUGGAGGCCACGGACGAGUUGGACGUUGGGCAUUUGUUGCAUCCGGAAGGCUUCACGUUGUGGGAUUCAAUGUCGGCCAUAGAGAUGAUGGACCCGAAAAUGGAUCCCGGUAUGGAACUCGCACAGUAUCAACCGAAAAAUCAACUCAAAGUCGCCGACAUCGCGGAGCAGUUUCUAUCGAGUGUGGAGAUCAUCGGCAUUCUCGACGAACUCCUAAGUCGCGAAAUGUCAUGGAUAGCAGGAAACUUUCUUUGUCAGACACUCUUUACUUGUAUAUAUCUGCAUGAUCCACACAAGAUUCCACAUCCAGUGCUGUAUGCCUGCGCCGUGGCGAUCCUCCGAACCGCGGAUGGGAUCAUACGAAUGGUGUCAGACUCGAAGAUCGCCGAUGAAGAGGACUUUGCUCCGGAGACGAUGGGAUUCUCACUGUGCGAGGAAGUACCCCAAGGAGACGCCGUUGCAGCAUUGCUUGACGUGGAAGAGAACCUUGCCUUCGCGUCGGCCGGUGAUACCGACAUCGAAGCCAUCUCAUCCGAGGAUUGGGCGCAGCUUGGCGUUUCACCCAGAGAGAAGCCGGAAAUCCUCGAUGCUCUUCUGUGCAGAGUUCGCUUCCGGCGAGCAUUUUACUCAAUGAUAGAAAGCAUCAACAACCGUGAUCGUUUACGCGCUCAAAAAUGCGCGGCGGACGGAAUGCGGCACCUCGAACUUAUCGAACGUACGAUGGACAUUGGUUGUGAUGUCGACAACUUCUUCGAUCCUUUUAUCACACGGAAGCUUUUCACUACCGCGCCGCCAAAACCUAUCAGCGUGAUGCCCAAAAAGCAAGCAAUGGACGAUAUGGCCACGUUGUUGUCGCACGUACACGAUGUUUGCUCACAGCCGGCAGGGGCUACCCUCACCACGCAAUUAUCGUUCCUCGAGUCCUUUUCGGCUCGUAAGCCCGCCCCGAGUGUGCUGGCUCGGGCGUGUUUGCAUAACAUCGUGCUGAAUCCAACGAGUCCUAGCACAAUGCUUGGAGCACUAAACCUGAUCAAACUUGCUCUCAAGGACUUUUUCGAGCACAGAGACGCAGCUUACUCGGCUGAAAUGCUGCAUCAGUUCCUGGGAAUUGCACAAGGACCGGUGGACGCGACUUUGAAAUUAUACUGCAAAAAUCGGUCAAGACAGCACCGGGGGUUGCGGAAAGUCAUUCUUUCGUGGGAUCAGCUGCAGGUAGCGAUCCAGACACUGGAGGCACAGUCAUCCAAAAGCGAAUCGCCGGCGAGAACCACCACAAUGUUCUCUCGAAAGCUAUCUCCGCCAUACCCCUCGUUCGCGCUAUCAUUAUGGGUAUACCAUCAGAAGCUAUUACUGAUGAUCCUGUACCUACAGCUCGGGUACGAGCUAGAUCUCUACGCGAGCUAUGAGCAUCUGAUGGUUCUAUGGCACAUCAGAGCUCUACUGCAUGAGCUGUCUGUCGUGCUGAUGAGGGUAUCGCAAGGCGGCGCAUCAAUCCCCGACAAGGACCGGCAUUGGCACGUCACGCUUUUACGGAUAGAGACGGAGGCAAAGACAAAGAUUCUAGAUGGCUUACUAUACUUGGGCCGGCACUACUACCAGCAAGGGUUCCUGGCCCCUCCCAGGCAUAAAGCGUAUCGCGAGGACACGCAUUUUGAGCAUCGGUUUAGAGCCUUCGCGACGUUGUCCAGUCCGGCGAGAGCAAAGUUUCAGGAUUUUACGGCUUGGAGAGACGAACGGGUGGAUGCGACGAAGGUGUUUGCGGCAGCAGAAGAGUGUUUGGCAAAAUCCAAAACAGCGCUCCAGGAGUUGAUACUAUCCGCCAAGCACGACGCACAGGCGAGCGAAAGUUCAGAUUAUGCAAAGGAGGACCGGAUGAAGGAGCUACAAUCCAUGACCCGCGUGUGCAUCGCCAACUCCUUAGUCAUAAAAAGGGAAGGCAGCUCGUCCGCCGGACAGAAAACAAAAGUCUCCCUGGGGGAGUGCAAAUAUCAUCCGCAUUUUCCCGUCUUCGUGGUCCAUUGGACGCAAGAAGAGUCAACCAAGUGUGGCGGUUGA